AUCCAUUGAAUUUUAGGCUGAAAAGUAAAACGACUCUGACCGACACGUGAAUGUCGGCAUUUAGUGUUAGAAAUCAAAGAAAUAAUGAGUUUGUCAACAGCUGAUGAAGGUGGUAAACCGUUCUCUAAUUCACGAUAUUAUUAUGGGGCCGCUGUUGAUUUAAUAAGCGGAUCUAUGGGUGGAGCAGCAUCAGUUUACGUCGGACAGCCCCUGGACACUGUAAAAGUGAAGAUGCAAGCUUUUCCCCAUAUUUACAAGUCAAGUUAUAAAUGUUUCACCCACACAUUAAAAAAUGAAGGUUUAGUUAGAGGUCUCUAUUCGGGAACCCUACCAUCUCUAGCAGCACAAAUCUCUGAAAAUGCCAUGUUGUUUUUGGCCUAUGGACAAUGUCAGAAAGUAUUAUCCCUGAUUAGAAACAAAAAUCUCGAGCAGUUAACUGUCAUAGAGAAUGCAACUGCUGGGAGUUUAGCGGCCUUUUUUAGUUCGUUAACACUAUGCCCUACUGAGUUAAUUAAAAAUAGGAUGCAAACAGCUUUAGAAAAUUUCUCAGCGGGGCAGAAUGAAGUACAAAAAAAUGCUAUGGCUAUUACUAGAGAAAUAUUAAAAAACGAAGGAAUCUCCGGUCUUUACAAGGGUUUUGUUCCAACUGUCCUAAGGGAGAUGCCCGGUUAUUUUUGCUUCUUUGGUGGUUAUGAAUUUAGUAGGUAUAUGUUGACUCCAUCUGGUAAAAGCAAGGAUGAUCUAGGAGCUGGUAGAACAAUGAUUAGCGGAGCAUUUGGAGGUAUAGUGUUUUGGAUAACUACCUUCCCUAUGGAUGUUAUUAAGUCUAGACAACAGAUUGCCUCAACAAAGUCAAACUUAAACUUAUUUACUGUUUUAGUUAAUAUAGCCAAAACAGAUGGCGUUCCUGCGUUGUAUAACGGUUUGCUUCCAACCAUAUUUAGAACAAUACCUGCAACAGCUAGUCUAUUUUUAGCCGUGGAGAAGACAAAAAAAUUCCUUAAUGGAUUUUGAACGAUCUGAAUUUGAUCUUUUUUGUUAAAUUGAAAUUUCUCAGAUGCGAAAUUUUUAUUACUUGAAGAAAAAAUAAAAAAACAAAGAAAAUCUCUUAAUCAAUUAAAUAACGAUCAUAAUAUACAAUUUCAUUUUAAAAUGAAUCUUUGAUAAAAACACAAAAGAAUAUAAUUUAUAUGAUAUUUAAAACUAUAAAAGGAUUUGGUUUUAAUCAUAAUUUUAACAAGGUAGAGCCGCUGAUGUAGUAGCUCCAUACAACUGAAGGGAACCAUCUUUAUUUUUACCAGAUAAACUAUUUAGUGUCUCUUCUUUCUUUGCCUUUUUUCUUUUUCCAUUUGGAGCUACUUUCAUCUCAGCUAAUACAGGUGGAUCAUCAGGAUUCAUAAAUUCUCCAUCAUCUAUUAUAUAUUCUAAUUCGGAAUCUUUCUUGACAUUAAACUUUGCUGUUAUAUUUGCUAUAAAAGAAUAGAAAAUAAUUAUUUAUUAAGUGAAUAACGGUCGAAAGUUUCUACUAGACCAACUAAUGUUAAUUUAUCAUGUCAUAUUAUCCUUUAGUAUUUCCUUACUGAAUAUACGUGAUUAUAAUUUAUUAAUUGUAUAAAUCGGUGAUUUCUACGUGCUCGAAACUUAAAAUCAAUCUUCAAUGCAAAUAAAAGUACAAGUUGUAUCAGAUAUAGAUAAGUGAUUUAUAUAGGUCGCACACCUAAUUGAUAAAUAAGUUAAAUACCUAAGUGUUUAAAUCUUAAUACCUAUUGUAUUUAAUAUAAAUAAUGUCACUCACUUUUCAUUGCAUUGCAACAAUGCCGUUUGCCAAUAAUAAUAGCAACUACUGCAACUGCUGCUCCAACAGCAACGAUCACUAGAAAUAUUUUCAGUGAGACAUGAUUUUUUUUUUUUGAUGGUAUAAAUUUAAUUGUUGUUUCAAACGAGGUUGAGUUAUUCGUUGUAACAAACGAGGUUAUAGUUGUUGCGUCACUGAAUGAUUCAAUUGUUGUUGAAUUUUCUGUAAUUGUAUUAUUAGAAGUGACGGCAGCGGUGGAGUUUUCUACAACUGUGGGACUCGGUUUCAAAGUCGAAAUCGUAGAUAUUUCAUUAGCCAAUACAGUUGUUAAAUUGGUUACAUCAUUAGUUUCUAUACCAGAUGGAUAAAUAGUGAUGCAAGAAAUAAAAAGAAAUUUUGCCAAUUGAGAGAUCAUAACAAAGGAAUAAAAAUACGAGGAAUGUAACAGAUUAACAGUCAAAAAAGUUGAUUAUCAUUAACAGGCAAACACUUCAUAAAUUCAUAAAUGAGUAGGUUAUGGCUGUCUUGUUUUUUUUUUAGAGAAAAUGCAGGAUUAAUUUCCGAUCUUUGUCAGUCAAAAUAAAAUCUUCAAUAAUAUCAAUUCUAGUAUCACAGAAUUACGUUUGAUCAAUUGUUGUACGGAGGUUAAAAGACGAAAAAGUAAUUCAUUUUCACAUGACACACCUGAUGCGCGCGCAUCAAUUAACCGCCAUUAUA